UGCUUUCUCAUUAUAUCUUUAUCUUACUGCCUUUAUCAGGUACUCAUUAAUGAGUGAAGGAUCAAAAGGUGGAGCGGUGGCCAAGAAGCAAUGGAGAAUAAAAGUUUAGAAGGUUCCCCAUCAGACCUAAAGUUAGUGGCCCAUCCGAGAGCAAAGAGUAAAGUGUGGAAGUACUUUGGGUUUGACACCAAUGCRGAAGGAUGCAUAUUACAGUGGAAGAAAAUCUACUGCCGCAUUUGCAUGGCCCAGAUCGCCUAUUCAGGAAACACGUCCAACCUUUCCUACCACCUGGAGAAGAAUCACCCCGACGAAUUCUGCGAGUUUGUGAAGAGUAACACGGAGCAGAUGAGGGAAGCCUUUGCUACGGCCUUCUCAAAAAUCAAGCCGGAGUCGUCGCAGCAGGUUGUUCAGGACAACCUAAUUAUGAAGACCUACCAGAAUUACGAGAACAAAAAGCAUCAGGAGCUGACGGCCGCRGUGAUCAGCCUGAUCUGCGAGGGCAUGUACCCCGCCUCCAUUGUYGACGAACCCACUUUCAAAGCCCUCCUGCGAACCGCCGAUCCCAGGUAUGAACUUCCCAGCCGCAAGUAUUUCUGUACAAAAGCUAUUCCCGAAAAAUACAAUGCCAUCAGGGAGAUUGUGCUSAAGGAGCUCACGGAGGUUCUGUGGUGCGGCAUAUCCACGGACAUGUGGCGGAGCGAGAACCAGAACAGGUCGUAUGUGACGGUGGCCGUUCAUUUCCUCAACAGCAGCCCGUCCAACUGCUUGGCUGUCAACUCGCGGUGCCUAAAGACCUUCGAGGUGCCCGAGGAUAACACGGCCGAGACUAUUACGCGAGUCCUCUAUGAAACCUUCAUCGAGUGGGGGAUCAAUACAAAAGUCUUUGGUGCUACCACGGACUAUGGCAAAGACAUUGUGAAAGCUUGUUCUCUCCUGGAUAUUCCAGUGCAGAUGCCCUGCUUGGGGCACACUUUCAAUGCCGGAAUACAACAGGCUUUUCAGCUCCCCAAGCUGUGCGGCCUUCUUGCCAGGUGCCGCAAGCUGGUGGAGUAUUUCCAGCAGUCCACAGUGGCCAUGUACAUGCUGAGCGAGAAGCAGAAGCAGCAGAACAGCCUGCACUGCAUGCUCGUGAGCGACCGUGUCUCGUGGUGGGGCAGCACGCUCGCCAUGCUGCAGCGGCUGAAGGAGCAGCAGUUUGUGAUCGCCGCCGUGCUCGUGGAAGACAGCAACAACCACCACCUCAUGCUGGAGGCCAGCGAGUGGAAUACCAUCGAGGGCCUCGUGGAGCUCCUGCAGCCCUUCAAGCAGGUGGCGGAGAUGAUGUCUGCCUCCAAGUACCCGACGAUAAGCAUGGUGAAGCCGCUUCUCCACAUGCUUCUCAACACCACCCUGAACAUCAAGGAGAAUGACCUGAAGGAGAUCAGCAUGGCCAAGGAGGUGAUAGCGAAAGAGCUCUCCAGCACCUACCAGCACACCCCCGAGAUCGACAUGUUCCUCAACGUCGCCACUUUCCUGGACCCUCGGUACAAAAAGCUACCCUUUCUUUCGGCCUUUGAGCGCCAGCAGGUUGAGAACAGAGUGGUGGAAGAGGCAAAAAGCCUCUUGGAGAAAGUCAAGGAGAAUACCUUUAGGACUGAGGAGAAGUUCUUCGCUGUUUCCGAAGAGCCCCCCGUGAAGAAAAUAAUCAUCUCCUCCACGCCGCCCCCGACCAGCGUGAUCAACAACAUGCUCGCAGAGAUCUUCUGCCAGACGGGAGGCGUGGAAGACCAGGAGGAAUGGCACGCGCAGAUCGUGGAGGAGCUGAGCAACUUCAAGUCCCAGAAGGUCCUUGGUUUGAAUGAAGAUCCCCUAAAGUGGUGGUCUGAUCGAUUAGCGCUCUUCCCGGUGCUACCAAAGGUUCUUCAGAAGUACUGGUGUAUUCUGGCCACAAGGGUCUUUCCCGAGCGCCUCUUUGGUUCCUCGGCUAACGUUGUAAGCGCCAAGAGAAACCGGCUAGCGCCGGCGCACGUGGAUGAGCAGAUCUUUUUGUACGAAAACACUCGCAAUGGGUCUGAGGCAGAGCCAGAAGAUGAAGACGAAGGGGAGUGGGGCUUGGAACAGGAGCAGAUUUUUAAUUUGAAUGACUCGGUAAAUGUAAACAACAACUUCUUUAACAUCCGUGACAGYGGGUUUGUUUAACAAGGCUGUCAUGGUACAUUCAAUAACAGCAACAACAACAAAAAAAAAGGUAUUUGUCUUAAGUUACCAAAAAUAAUUCUGUUUGAUGCUACGGAUGCUGUAAAUAUUGAACAGUUGUAACAAACUCAAUUUAGCUUCCAUUGUCUCUGUUUUUCCCACUGUCUUAAAACAUGAAUGACUUGUGAUUAAACAGCACUGAAAUGAAUGAGGAAAUAAAUUCUAUCAAGACCGUGAUUUCUGCCUGUGGCCCAGAUUUCAGAAAGCACUUAUCCAUGUGCUUCAUUUCCGCUUCCUUCACUGGGACACAAACACGUGCUUAUGUGCUUUCUACAACCAAAACAUUUGUCCCAAGUAGGACCCUAAGUGAGGGAGCUCUUCAUGUUCCUCCACAUGUAAGCCCACUGUGGCUUAGGAUGUCAGCUUUAYGUUUCAGACUUUAUGACAUUAUUUUUAAAAUCCAUAGAUCAGAGCAGCAAGGAUUUUUAGACUGUAUCAAUUCUAUAGAAUAGAUUAAAAAAAAAAAAAUGAGCCUGAUUUUCUUUUUCACUACCUCAUAUCUUUGGCCUGGUCUAUGCUAGAAAAAAUCAACUAAUGCARCUGUGCCAAUUAGGAGAGCGACGUGUUGUCAUUUUAAGUGGCCCUGCCGUGCUGGCCUAGGCUGCAGCAGCGUGGCUGCGUUUGCACCGAGGUCAUUUAUUUUCUUUCCAGCCCAGGGUCGAUGCUAUAAAUGCUUUCAAACUGGUCUUGUUGCCUCCGCCUCAGUCAGGUCGUGCCACGUAGCUCCAGCCGCUAAAGGGCAGUGCCCCUUUCGGGCUAGGCCAGGCCUGGUCGCAGCCUCCUGAGAGCAGCCUGGCAGGGCACAGGCUCCCGGCUGCGCUUUGCUGCCCUCACUGUGCAGGGGUCACAGGUAGCGCCGGGAGGCGCAGGACAGCCCAGAGCUUGGGCCCUGGGGAAGGGAAGAAUGGAAAGAGGAGCUGGAAAGCCCCAAGGGCAAUGGCUCUUUUAGCGUGUUUUAUAUUUACCUUUCAAUUCAAUGAGGACUUUGCCCAAGGUGGCUGGGGAAUUUUGCUCACCAGAAAAGUAAAAUAAGUAGCUUUAAUAUUAUGUAUAUAUGUUUAAAUGAGGGGACCUCUCUAUUUCCCCAUCUAUAUUUAGUGACACUUUAAAUUGUGUUUCUUUAUUGUGUUAGCACUUAAACUUGUUUUCCUCYGGUCACUCUUUGGGUUCAAUUUGUAGUUUGGACUUUGGUCUGGUCCAGUCAAACAUUAGGGAACCGCUCCCGGUCAGUCAGCAUGCGCUGGAACCGCUCCCCCUGUUUCUGGAUUCCCACAGGAAUUCCAACCCUUCCGAGGGCUCAGCGGAACCCCCCAACUCCUGCAAAGUGCCGCAGGUCGUGAGCGCCAUGGUAGUUCAUGCUGGGCACAGGGCAGGGCGGCAGCCAGCGUUUUCACAGGAGGCCUGGAAAGGGGUUUUGCUGUUAUCCAGCUGUAAUCAAGGUUUCCUUUUGGUUUUGUGUAUAUAAUUUGUGUCUAUCCUCUCUCAAAAAUUUCCCAACUAGAGCUGGUUGGAAUGGAAUUAAAUGACUUAAAUGAUGGUAUUUCCUAUUAGUUUUUAAAGGCUUAAAGAUAUUUUUAAAUUAGAAGACUUGUGAAAUUCGCUUCUUAGUUGCAAAGAACUGACUUAAAUUUGCGUCGGUCUCAAGGGUUACACUGUUAAGCACAAACGUGUCUUAGGCGUCCUGGCAGUGCGACAGCCUAAGAGCAGGUUUGCCUGUUUGUGUUACGUGUCUACGGUUACGUUAAGCACAACGU